AUGGAAGGGGAACAAUCUUUGCGACGGUUUUCUCCAGAAGUAAUGGUGCAGGACCCGAACAUUAGAAAUGCAGUUGCUCUCCUACCUCCAAUUAUCCUUUUCCAUGGUACUGGAGAUUAUUCCAUUCCAUCAGAUGCCAGUAAGAGUUUUGCAGACACUCUUCAAAGAGUUGGAGUCAAAGGUGAAUCAAUUCUGUAUGAAGGAAAGACUCACACGGAUUUGUUUCUCCAGGAUCCAAUGAGAGGUGGUAAAGAUGAGAUGUUUGAAGAUUUGGUAUCUAUAAUUCACGCUGGAGACUCGGAAGCACUUGGAAAAGAUUCGGUGGCAGCUCCAAGAAAACGAAUGGUACCUGAAUUUAUGUUAAAGUUGGCUCGCCGUGUUAGCCCAUUCUAG